AUGCAGCAAAUUGGCUCAAGAGUGACCAUGACUGCUUGGUGGCGAGUCCUUUUCCUCAUUCAGGGGGCAGCUGCGCAGAUACCUGAAGGGAUGAGUGUGAGCUACUACACCAACCUCCCAGGCAAAAAGAUCCUGAUCUGGGGGGGAGAAACUGGCGAGGGCCUGGAGAUGUCGCAGUUCGUCCAUUCUCGCUGCUCUUUGUUGCUGCUGGUGGGCAAGGACGCCCAGGUGACAGAAUCAGCAGUCGCGACGAUCCUGUCACAGCCGCCCAGGGCAGGGACUUGCCCUCCAGGAGUGGACCCUGUGGUCAGCUGGGAUUCCGGCGACGUUAGCAAUGCUUCGUACGUUUUGCAGCUGACAGCCAGGUUUGAAUCUGCACUUGGAGGGCCACCUGACAUAGCGUGGAACUAUGCGACAUGA